UCUUUAAGAAUCGGCUCAUAAGAGUCAUUCGUUCAGGAAUCGGAUCACAGCGUCGCGCUGUAUUUUUUUAGAUUCACUUAAAAGAACCGACUCGUGAUUCGGAAUACCUGUUUGUUUCACGCUGUACAUUCGGUCGUGGUGUUGCGUUGGUGAAUGGUAGUGCAUAAAACUCUGUUUUUAUGCUGAUACGUUCAUAUCGGGAUGCACAUUCGAAAACCGUUCCGGCAACCGAGCGUCAUGUAUGAGAGCGCGCGUGCUUUUGACAGAUUUGAAUGCUUUUUUCAAUCCACAGCCCAUCCUCGCGCCUCCCUUCCUGAACGAGGUCCUUAAAUGACCCACGACCACUGAGGAGCUCGGGCUUUCCCUGUCCGGAUCAUGGCAUGCGCCCCAUCCCGGACUUCCACACGCGCGGCGCCGAGGCUCGAGAGCAGUGAACAUGGGAAUCAGGUCCAGAAAUGCCACUAACGGUGCCGAGGACUCACGCGAGCGGAAGACCGCGCUGGCCGCAGACGUGGAGCAGUGCGCGGGGCAGGAACGGGACGGCGCGCUGCUGCUCGUCGGUUCGGGCAGGGAACCGGACUUCAAACGGGGCUCGCAGAACAUCGGUCUGCUCGCUAAGACGCCCCUGGGCUACACACGUCCCGUGAAGAGGAAUAAUAUCAGGAAGCGACGGAUUCAGAACCUCAUCUACGACGCGCUCGAGAGACCACGAGGAUGGGCGCUGCUCUACCACGCGUUUGUGUUUCUGAUUGUUUUGGGAUGCCUGAUUCUGUCAAUUUUAACAACGUUCAAAGAGCAUGAGAAAGAUUCGGCUCACUGGCUGGUGAUUCUGGAGACAUUUACAAUCUUUAUUUUUGGAGGCGAGUUUGCAUUGAGGAUAUGGGCCGCCGGCUGCUGCUGUCGAUAUAAGGGCUGGAGAGGACGGCUCAAAUUCGCCCGCAAACCGCUGUGUGUCCUGGAUAUCUUUGUACUGAUUGCUUCGGUGCCGGUGGUUGCCGUACGAAACCAGGGAAAUGUGUUGGCCACAUCACUGCGCAGUCUGCGCUUCCUGCAGAUCCUUCGAAUGCUACGAAUGGACCGCCGCGGAGGCACCUGGAAACUGCUGGGAUCUGCAAUAUACACACACAGCAAGGAGCUGAUCACAGCGUGGUACAUCGGCUUCCUGUCAUUGAUCCUGGCCACCUACCUAACACACCACCAUGAAAAUAAUGAUGUCACGGUGGAGCCAUCAUACACCGAGGGCCCCUCCCCAACACCAGCCCCACAGGACUUUGACACCUAUGCAGACGCCCUCUGGUGGGGACUGAUCACCUUGACAACCAUUGGUUACGGUGACAAGACCCCAAAGACGUGGGCAGGGCGUCUUCUGGCCGGGACCUUCGCUCUUAUUGGUGUGUCGUUUUUUGCUCUUCCAGCCGGUAUUCUUGGUUCUGGGUUGGCUCUGAAAGUUCAGGAACAGCACAGGCAGAAACACUUUGAGAAACGCAGAAAUCCUGCAGCUUCAUUAAUACAGGCUGCAUGGAGAUACUACUCCACCAACCCUGUCAGAGACGAUCUCAUCGCCACAUGGAGAUUCUAUGAAACUGUGAUCUCUCUGCCAUGCUUCAGGAAGGAGCCUCUCGAGGUUAUGGCUAGUCAGAAGUUGAGUUUGUUGGAACGUGUGCGGCUGUCGACCCCGAGACCGUCGACGGUAAGGGCCCGUGUGAUGAUGCCUGCUGCCAAUCCUGAAAGUGUGUCAGGGAACUGCGGGCCAGCAGAGGCGGUUGAGGAGAGUCCAUCAAAAGAGGGCAAACCAGCAGGGUUCAGUAACAGAGAGAGAUUCAGAACUGCUUUCAGAAUGAAGGCCUAUGCCCUGAGACAGAGCUCUGAGGAUACAGGAGGUCUGCCUGACCCCACUCCUGAGGAGAAGGGCUUCCCACCAGACAUACUGCUGGAGGAGAUGAUUCCCACUCUCAAAUUAGUCAUACGAGCGCUGCGGAUCAUAAUAUUCCUUUUGAGUAAGAAGCGUUUUAAGGAGACUUUGAGGCCGUAUGAUGUCAAGGAUGUGAUUGAGCAGUAUUCUGCAGGACACCUGGACAUGCUCACCAGAAUCAAAUAUCUACAGACACGACUUGAUCUGAUACUGACACCAGGACCACCUCUCACUCCAAAACACAAGAAACCCCAGAAAGCACCAUUUCCGUACCCCACCCAGCAGUCACCUAGAAACGAGUCCUAUCUUGCCAAAGCAAGCCUACCAGAUCCCGAAGACCAAAGCAUGAUGGGUAGAUUUGUGCGGGUUGAGAGACAGGUGGAAGACAUGGAGAAGAAACUGGAUUUCCUGGUGGAUAUGCAUAUGCAACCUGACCUCACAGGCCCCGGCCACAUGACCAUGGAGCGCUGCGACCCCACGUUGACCGUCAGCGUCGCAGGCGACCGCGUGUACUGCAGCUACGGCCCACCGCCGCACAACACACCGCAUUACACACGCUCCGACGCCAACCCGCCCAGACCGACCGUCCUGCCCAUCAGUCCACUGCCAAGCCACUCCCCGUCCUCCAACGUCAGCCAAUCGGGAGGCCGCAGGGUGGGAACGCCGCUGUCGCUGUUGUCGGUCACUCAUGAGGAGCUGGAACGCGAGAAAGAGGAGGUCACGGGCAAGGCCUCAGGGUUAGUGGCUGGGUCGAGCUGGGGCUGCGACCGGCGCUAUUUAGCCGAGGGCGAGACGGAUACAGACACUGAUCCCUUUACGCCCAGCGGACCUGUUCCACCCUCGUCCACCGGAGACGGGUUCUACUCUGAUGGAACAUGGGGAACACCACCCUAAAGGCGCACUCACACACACUCACUCACUCUUUCUAAAGACUACAGACUCUGUACAGCACAACACCACACAGACAUAAUACUCGUCAUAUAUAAAUAUGUAUCCACGUCACGCUUUACCCCUGCAAAGCAAAGAGCACUGCAUGGAAUGCAUGCGUUUUAUCUCUAGUGGUAGACACCGCACAUGGCAGUUUGAGACUGUGUGGUUAUAUUUGACUGGGAACUUUAAGGGAGGAGAACACAACAGAUGCUAUGCCAUUUUUGUAAACAUUUAUUUUUCUAUUUACACAUCUUUUCAUAUGCAUGGACUGCAUGAUUCAUCCACGGAGCAGCUAAAUGUAUUGACGUCUCCUCCGGUUUGCACUUGCUUUCGUUUCGAAUACUUGGGUUUGAGGAAGCUUCUUUCUCUGCACAUCUUGAGCUUGUUUUUAGUUCCUUUUGCAGAUUGUACAAAGGUUUUUACUCUGGUCAGCAUGAACUGCACUCUGGGACAUGUCACAUUUUCACCACUAGCCAUUUAAGGACCAAAAGCAGAGCCUCAGUUAAGAAUUCCUCAAGUGUCUGGCCUUAAUCCAACCAAUGAGUACAUCCCGUCUGUGAGCGGCACAUUUAAUGAGUAUUGGCUCUGUACCUUGGGACCAGUGU